CCAACUGGAUUUUCACUAGCUGCCUCUUGUUUCCUUGGCAUCUCUGAUGCACUCCUAGAGGUAAAAAAACUUUUGCCUAUUUUUAAAAUUGUUGUAAGUAAAGCUGGAGGAAAAUUUUUGGAUGAAUAGUAUUGUUUGACCUGAAAAUAUUUGGAAAAUUGACACACAAAGUUUUGGCCAUUCACAAAAAAGGAGGAGAAGGAAGAGGUAGUGCCACCCUCUCCCUGCCUUAUAAUAUUUGGCCGUGUGUUGGAGAUCCAAGUUUGAAUCCCUACUCUAGAACAGACCCAAACCAGUUUUUUUAUUUUUAAAUUUCAAACUGCUGCCAAACUGAAAAAUCAGUUAUUCUCCUAGUUCUAGUUGGAAUUGAUUGUCUUGCUACAUAAGCUUUAAUUGAGACCUAUGUAUUAACUUGUCCACCAUACUCAGUUACAUUAGUGGUUGGAAUGUUAUGCUUUAGUAUGAACAAAUUUGUGUUGACUAAAGAACUGUAGAUAGAUAGCAGAAUGUAAUUAUCAAUAAUCUUACUGAUCUGCAAUGUUGAUUUAGCAGCAAAGAGUCCUGUGGCACCUUAUAGACUAACAGACGUAUUGGAGCAUAAACUUUCGUGGGUGAAUACCCACUUUGUCGGAUGCAUGUAGUGGAAAUUUCCAGUGGCAGGUAUAUGUUGAUUUAAAAGGACACUGGUCCUUUCUUUCAUAUUUUCUAGAAAGAAAAAAAAUCUUUCUUCAGAAGUAUGUUUUCUUUGUGAGUACUUGGAGAACAAUCACCUUAUACUCUGCAGAACUGUUAUGAUGACUGGUUGUAUUGAAGAAAACUUCUAGAUAAGACAGGCUUAUCCAUUACACGCAUGACUGUUGGUAUCAGGGGAAGACGACCAAAUUAAUCCCAGAUGGGGACCUAUUUCAGCCAAUGUCAGACUUUCCAGUUAAUUUAAGGUAGCAGAGAAAGCAGUUGACCACCGGAAGGAAGUAUGUGAAGUUUAUUUCUAAACAAGAUGUUGUCUGGAGGACCAAAUAAACUUUUAUGGACCAUUGGAGCCGAAAGAUUAGUUACAUGACAUUAUUUUUGUCUCUUCACUGUGCAGUUCUGUACCAAGUCAAUGUUGCUUUAUGUUAAGACCAAACAGUAGUCUCCUGACAUCAACAUGUCAUCUGUAACAAACACUCAGACUCUGGCGGACUUUGAUCCUCCUGUCCCUGAGGAAAAGUCAAAGGGGAAAUCAUUAUUUCAGUUGGGCCCCUUCUUUGCUAACAGGAGUGAGAAAAUUGUAAUUGCCAGGAGUGACAGUGUACCAGAAGAAAAUGUACUGAAAAUAACCAUCACUGAGACUACAGUCAUUGAGUCGGACUUGGGCAUCUGGAAUUAUCAUGCUCUGAUCUACCUCACAUUGUGGUUUUUCUUUAGCUUUUGUACCCUUUUUCUUAACAAAUACAUUCUUUCACUACUGGAAGGAGAACCCAGCAUGCUAGGUGCUGUUCAGAUGCUUUCAACCACUUUCAUUGGCUGUAUAAAAAUGUUUGUUCCAUGCUGUUUGUACCAGCACAAAACACGUAUCUCUUACCCUCCCAAUUUCAUCAUGACAAUGUUGUUUGUUGGACUGAUGAGGUUUGCAACAGUGGUUUUAGGUCUAGUAAGCUUGAAAAAUGUGGCUGUUUCAUUUGCUGAAACAGUUAAAAGCUCUGCACCUAUUUUUACUGUCAUUAUGUCCCGGAUGAUUUUAGGGGAAUACACUGGAUUGCUGGUGAAUCUGUCUCUCAUUCCUGUCAUGGGAGGAUUAGCUCUAUGUACAGCCACUGAAAUCAGUUUCAACAUUCUGGGUUUUUCGGCAGCUUUGUCUACUAACAUCAUGGACUGUUUGCAAAAUGUUUUUUCCAAAAAGCUGCUCAGUGGAGACAAAUAUAGGUUUUCUGCUCCAGAACUUCAGUUUUACACAAGUGCUGCUGCAGUUAUUAUGCUCAUUCCAGCUUGGAUAUUUUUCAUGGAUGUGCCAGUGAUUGGGAAAAGUGGAAGGCGUUUCAGUUACAACCAAGAUGUCAUUGUACUGCUCCUAAUAGAUGGAGUGUUGUUCCAUUUGCAGAGUGUUACAGCAUAUGCCUUGAUGGGAAAGAUUUCUCCUGUAACUUUCAGUGUUGCUAGUACUGUGAAGCAUGCGUUGUCAAUCUGGCUAAGUAUUAUUGUGUUUGGUAACAAAAUUACAAGCCUCUCAGCCAUUGGGACAGUUCUAGUAACAAUUGGCGUUUUGCUAUAUAACAAGGCAAAGCAACAUCAGCAAGAAACAAUACAAAGCCUGGCAGUGGCAGCCUCACAGAACACAACUGAAGAUACCAAGCCACUAAUAUCCAAGGAUUUAAAGCCAUAUGAGUGAUACGGCUCUUAAUUCUUCCACCACAACCUGACAUAACUCAGAGGAACUCUGUCUUAAAUGGACGCUACCCUAGCUGUUGGCAAUGCUUGGUUUCUUUGAAUUCACAACAGGUGAAAGAAUGGACUUCACUGCAGAGAAGGAAAAAAGGAGACGAUCCUAUAAGCCCUGGCUUACUAGAAACUGACAUGUAGAACAGAAGACCAAGAGUAAUCCAAUAUGGUAAACAUUGGCGUCAUACUCCUUUCUUGACUCUGCAAAUAAAUAACAAGACUAUACUGGAGAUAAAACUUCAGUGUCAGAUGGCAAAAUAACUUGUGCCCCAGCCCCACCAAAGUAAUGUGAUAACAUGACCCAUCCCUGUUUUCUGCAUGCUUGCAGUAGGAUGAAACUAGUGUGGAGGAAAAAAAUGUCUAGUUGCCACUCUUCUUAAACAUCCUAGACUGCGGGUGUGCAUGGAGAGGAUCUGGGAGAAAGCACUUUGAAAGACAAAAUCAGUAAUUUUUGUUUACACAGCUGUUGGUGUAAAUGAUGAAAAUAGGCAGCUACUCUUGAGUAUAAAGCCAGCAAAGAGAAUUUGUGCUUUCCUUUGAAAUUCUCUAACAACUGGAGCAUUGCAGUUUGCCUGGGUACCGACCACAUUCAUGUUUCUGCAAAAAUGAAACACGCACACAUGCCUAUAAACUAGGAGUCAACACAAAUAAGUAUAGUUGCUAUCAGGCAAAAACCACUGGAAAUUUUCAGAAAUAAAUGAGGCAUCAGCAUUUCUAUAGUAAGUACUGUCUUAAUUCUAGAAAUACAAAAGUUUCAUUUGCAUUGUAAUUUAUCAUAAAAUAUUUUUGAGGCAAGAGGGGAAUGAGUUUGUUUGUUUUAAUCUAUAGGAGAGCAGUAAAAAAACAAUAGACUUCUUGAAAUUCGGGGUUACAACUGUCUUUAGCUUUUGUGCUCAAAUAUUUUAGUAUGUCCUGUUACAGUGAUAAGUCAGAAUGGAUAGAGUUUUAACCUUAAACUGAGAAUAUUCUGAUGUCUGUUUCUUUAAAGUUUUUUUUUAAUUUUGCAUGAUAUAAUAUUAAAAAAAAAUCAGUGCUUUGAGAGAAAGAAGGUAGAAAGCUUCAGCUUCAUUUUGAUUAUUUCACUUUUAAAAAACGCUAAAUCUUUCUUCAUUGUUGUCAGAAUUACAGCAUAGGCCUCUCUCUCCAUAGGGCAGCCAUGGUCAUCAAUCAAGAUUUAGAAAUUUCUUACAGUAACUGGUGUAGUCCUGGUUUUACCUAAUGUUAGUGAAACCCAAAUCAGUGCCGUGAAGCACAGUGUAUCAUGCCAUAGGCAUGUCUAACUUUUACCAGACAAAAAUAUAGCAACUUGCUCUGUGGUACAGUCAGAUUUCACUCUCAAACAAAGUGAUGGAUUUGCUCACUCAUAUAGGGCUUUUAAUAUAAAAGAAAUUGCCCCUCCAACUGCAAACAAUAAGUGCUUUUCUCCAGUAAACCAAACCAUUAAACUACAAGUAACAAACCCAAACAAGAUGCAAUCUGGGGAUCAUGAAGAGUUUGGGCUGUGAAAAAUUGGGAAUAAAAAACAAAGCUAAGGUAUUAUUCUCAAAGUGUUCAUCCUUUUUUACUGCCUACACACUAAUGUUUGCACUAGCUUUAUGUCUGCCCAUCUGACAUGAUCUGGAGAGUGGUCUGUGCUGUAAGGUCAGGGAUAUUGGGAACACAUUGAAACAAAGCUAUGCAUUGUUUAAAAAUCCAGUAGUUAAUGUAGAGUGGACGUGCUGCAAUAUAAAACUGUUUCCUUUUAGCUAUUAGAUAUAACUUGCAAUUGUAGUAGUUUCUUUAGACCUGUUUACUUAUUUGGGCAAAUCUGCUGCAUGUCUAGAUCCCUUUAGGGAAAUAAAAAGUUAAGCUUGGAGUUCUGUUUGACAAGAUGCUAGCUUCAGAAGAGUCUGUCUAUAUGAAAGAGUCCACCAUUUAUCCCAUAAAUAAAUUGAGCAUAGUCAGUAGAAUUUAUUGGACACAUUCUGCACAUAGCCAAUUGGCAUAUGUUUCCAGCCUGGCACUAUUUUUCUCAUCUACACAAGGGAUAAACAGAUCUGUAGCUCCAUUUGCCUUGUGACAGCUCAACAUCUAGCCAAAUAAACUACGUGAAUCAGACAAAUUUCUGAUGAAUGUCAUCUAGAUGCAAAGUCAUAGGUAAAGCUGUGGACUCUGUGAGAUCAAGCUCAUUUUUAAGUUCUGCCUUCCAAUAGUUGACUUAGCGUUCUGCAAGAAUUUACAGUCGCAAUUUCACUGAGAUUUUCAAAGUCCAGUAUCACUUCUUGGCUUACAUAAAGGUAGAUAAUUGUCAAUAAUUGUGCACGGAACCAAUAUUUUAACUGUCUAGCAUAUUUUUUAUAAAAAGUACACAUCUUCCAUGAACUGCCAUUCUAAGAUGUAAUAUAAGUGGCUUAAUGAAAGCAUUUGAUUUUUUUAUUUUUUAAGCUUGUCCUGAUGUAAGUUACCCAAUGCAUUAUUUUCACUGCCAGUUUCUUUUUGGUUGCAUAUGGAAAACAUGACAAAUUUCCUGUUGCCAAAGUGUAUAAUAUGUUUAUUUGAAAACCAAAGGGCAUAUCCUUAUUUUGCAUGCAUGAUUUUACUACAUCAGAAUAAAUAUAUCGUCUUGGAUUUCUGGGAUGUCAAAGGGCCUUCAACUAAACCAUUGUGUAAAUACCUAGCUAAUUUGGCAAGGAGAGAGAUACUGAAAACCACAGGAUAAACAUAAAUCACAGUAGGAUAGGGCAGGUAUUUAUUUUAAAAUCCCUCCCAUCCCUAGUAUGGCAUACUGAUGCUUGACUGACGGGACCAACUGACUUGCAGAUAUAAGGAAACAGUUCUUUAUUAUGUACAUUAACGAUGAUGAUACUAUCCCCAAAACUACAUAUCUACCAUCUGAAGAUGUGGUUAAUAAAGCUGCUAUUGGACAAUGAUUAUAUAUUAAUCUCCCCAUGGAUAUAAAAUGCUGGGUUAAUUGUAAUUAGGUUGUGACCAUUUCAUGUUGAAUCCCUCUCUCCCCUUAUGACUAAGCGAUCCCAGUGUUCUAGUUACCCUGCAAUUUGAUCUUUCUCUAACUUUCUUAUAAAAAUCUGAGUAGCAUUUGUGGUACAAAUGAGUUACUGUGAAGACUCCAUUAUCGUGCAUUGACUGCUGCCUGGAUUUUAGCACAAGUGACUGACUUGAGCAGUCAUAAGGAAUAAUUUCUUUUUCAAAUAUGAAUCAAAGCUAAUAUUUUUUUUGUUUGUUUUAAAAAUUAUAGCUCAUGGCCUAUUCCUGACUUUUAUUCAUAGUUUCUCCCCUUUUCUGCAGGUUAUUUCCCCUGUGUUAUCGUCUUUUAGUGGGUGUAGGUUAGAGAUGUAAAUAUUGUUUAAAAAGUUGACUGUUUAAACAAUUAAAAUUACAUGGUUUAAUCGGUUAACUGAUUAAAGGGAGAGGGGCUGGGGUUGGUUGGUUGGCCCGGGGCUGGGGCUGAGGUCAGCUGGCUCGGGACUGGGGCUGCUCCAGCCAGCUGGCCUAGGGUUGGGAGUUAACGGUUAGGGUGGGUUAACCAGUAAGACUAAUGCUUACUGGUUAACCGUUUAAUAUUUUAUAUCCCCAGUGUAGCUGCUUUAAGUUUCCCCUCAUACCAAUAGCAAGGGAUAGGUGUCUUGAAAAUAACUUGGACAUUUUUUUUUCUCUUGUUCUCUUUCCAGCCACUGCAGAUCUCUAUAAUCACUCUUGUGUUUGUCUUAAGGAAUGAAAGUGCUCCCAAGCCCAGCUUUUGCACAGUCCAACAUGAUGCCUCAGAACUGGGGUGAAUGUUUAGUUUUUAAGCCAUUUCUUGAAAGCUGAACACUUCAUGCCUAUUUAAGCAGCAUUUUACUAAUUUAAUGGAGCUUCCAGAACCACAUUUUGCUAGUCACAUUAGUAACCCUAUCUAAGAAAAUAUGACUCAAACUACCCCAGUUGGGCAGCUCCUCUUCUAACUGUUUUUAGGAGAGAAUCUAAUCACAUCUUCUCUAUCCUGUCGGUAAGGGAUGGAGAAGAGAAGGAGGAGCAGGACCCCAGAAAUGGUCAUCAGUAUCCACUUGGAGAGAAUUUCAGCUCCUGAACUGCAGUAAGGCAAGGCUUGCUGGAAGCCUCAGAAAGCUGCCAUGGUUCAGCACCCCCAGAGCCAAGUUUUUGCUAACUAGUCAUUGAUUAGAAGAAAGAAUCAGUGAAUUGCUAUUUCAGUGCAGGCAAACUGAUCUAAAUGAAGAUUUAAAUAAGUAUGUUACAGAAGAGAGGAAUUUAUCAAGUGGGUAAUAGUAGGGUGACCAGAUAGCAAGUGAAAAAAAUCGGGACCCUUUUUUUCCCCGGGGGAACGAGAUAGUUGUAUGUAAGACAGAGCCCCUAAUAUCAGGAUGAUCCCAAUAAUAUGAGGAUCUCUGGUCACCCUAGAUAAGGGUAUUGGCUCACCAUUCAGCAGUCCUUUAAAUGGAAGAUACUUUAGUGUCUGAGAAACUUGAAAACACAGUAACUCUAAUUGCUGCUUCUAUGUCAGGGCCAAACCUUUAUGUAUUUGAUACCAAACUACGAAUGUUGGACUGAAGUACAAGAUACAUACUAUUUUGUAGGUAUUUUGUAUAGUCACAAUUCCAGUGUUUAUGUAAGGUAGGACAUUUGAGUACUUUAUAAAAAAAAAAAAAAAAUCCCUCAUGCAUAAUCAAUUAAAUAUAACUGUUAAUUCUGUUUGUAAUAAAUAUCUGAUCCUGUGGAUACCAGUCAUGAUUCUUCUUGUGUAUGAUGCAAACAGACAUGAUUAAACAUCCUCGUUUUUUACUUAUUCUUGAAAAGAAGAAAAUUAAUGUAUAAUGUUUUUUAUUCAUUAUUUCUUCUAAGAAAAAAAUAAAAAAUUCCAUCAUGUAA